AUGCACACUAUUUCCAGCACCAUUAUUGACACAGAGCCAACAUUAGUGUCACGGGUAAAACCAGAUCCUCCCAGGACCCAAGAAACCUACAAGGAACGCCCUACGGUCAUGACGCAAAGAAUCGUCGUUGCCCAGGACCACGAAUUCGAAUGA